GGGAUCGGCUUUCUCUGCUAGUUCCCACCCUAGGACUUCUUAGCCCCUGGAAGGCGAGGAGAGAGGCUCAGGGGAGUUUUUGGAGUGGGGCGUAGAGGUACCUCCCGGGAAGGCCUGGAAGCAAAAGAGACUCCUAGUUGGGGAAGCUGCUGGAAGCCACUGGGGAGCCACUGGUGGGGCCCUUCCUAGGGUCCUUUUCCCUUCGUGGGGUGCUAUGGAGUUCCCAGAACACAGCCAGCAGCUGUUGCAGAGCCUGCGAGAGCAGCGGUCCCAGGGUUUCCUCUGUGACUGCACCGUAAUGGUGGGUAGCACCCAGUUCUUGGCCCAUCGGGCUGUGCUGGCCUCCUGCAGCCCGUUCUUCCAGCUUUUCUACAAAGAGCGGGAACUGGACAAGAGGGAUCUGGUGUGCAUCCACAAUGAGAUUGUCACGGCCCCAGCGUUUGGGCUGCUUCUGGACUUCAUGUAUGCUGGCCAGCUGGUCCUGAGGGGGGAUACCCCCGUGGAGGAUGUGCUGGCGGCUGCCAGCUACUUGCACAUGAAUGACAUCGUUAAAGUGUGUAAGCGGCGGCUGCAAGCCCGGGCCCUGGCUGAGGCAGACAGUACCAAGAAGGAGGAGGAAACCAACUCACAGCCCCCUAGUUUGGAGUUUUUGCCCACUUCCCGUGGCCCCCAGCCUUCGUUGGCAUCUGCCGAGACAUCAGGCCCCUGGGGCAAAGGGGAAUGGAAAGGCCCUGCAGCUCCCUCACCGACAGUCUGUCCUCCAGAUGAGCCACCAAUGCCCGGGGGAGCUGACACGACCCAGCCUGGCGUGGAGGUCGACUCCCCACAUCUCCGGGCACCUCCUGCACCAGUGGCUGAUGUCUCCCUCGCCAGCCCCAGUAGCUCCACAGAGACCAUUCCUUCAAACUACUUGUCUUCAGGCCUUCCAACAGUUUCGGCAGAGCCUCUGCCUCCCCUUGAUGUGGGUACUGAGAGUCUGAGGAUGGUGGAACCAAGGGGUGCUGGGGGACCACUGCAAGGCUUCUAUCCUCCUGCGCCAGCAGCUGCCCCGGUCCCUGUCCCGGUUCCAUCGCAGGCCCCAGCGCCCGCAGAAGCUGAGCUGGUCCAGGUGAAAGUAGAAGCUAUUGUGAUUUCUGAUGAGGAGCCCGAUGUGUCCGAGGAACAGCGUCAGGGCCCCGAGGGACUGUUCCCGCCCGGGGGAGCAAUGUAUGGUGGACAGCCCCCUCAGCCAGAGGCUUUUGAGGAGCCGAGAGCAGCCGGACUGGAGGAGGUGGGGCCAAGUGAUCACUUCCUGCCCCCAGAUCCUCACCUACCCUACCAUUUGCUGCCAGGUCCAGGGCAGUAUCCCCGAGGACUGGUGACAUCGCCCUUGCCUGCGCCCGCGGCCCUGCAUGAGCCACUUUACCUGCCUUCUGAGUAUGAAGCAACCCCGGGAAGUUUUGGGGUUUUUACCGAGGACGUGCCCACUUGCAAGACAUGUGGGAAGACCUUCUCAUGUUCUUACACACUAAGGCGACACGCCACGGUGCACACACGUGAGCGACCGUACGAGUGCCGCUACUGUCUGCGCAGCUACACCCAGUCAGGGGACCUCUACCGACACAUCCGCAAGGCUCACAAUGAGGACCUGGCCAAACGCAGCAAGCCGGAUCCAGAGGCUGGCCCCCUCCUAGGAGUGCAGCCCCUCCACGGCUCCCCGACAGCAGACAAGCAGAACGGCGGUGGCGGUGGCGGUGGCGGUGGUGGAGGGCCACCUAAAGAUUUUGUACUCGGCCCCAAAAACUGACACCUGCAGGAGCAUCAGAAGCCGAUGCUAGGCCUGCUCUUGCCAUCAUUAGGGGGCAGCAGAGACUGGAAGCUUUUUCUUUUCCCCUGCUGGCGGAACAGAAUGAACCUCUUGCGCAGGCCGGAGAUUUCCCACCGGUUUUUCUUUACCCAGCCAGACAGCAGGACUUUCUGGAGCGGGUGCAUCUUGGUCAGCUCCUCUCCAAGGGCACAUUUUUCUGAGCUGUAAUUGCUUCCCACCCUGCCUUCUGGACCAUAAAGCUAGCAGUGAAAGUAUCUUUUUGGACCCGUGUUGACUGGUUUAUUCCACAAACCUGCAUGCCUCCUGAUUCUUUCAUACUUCUCCUGCCGAUCUUUUAGGAAGCUGACAUCUGUACCUGGGGUAGGGUUCAGGGUUAGGUUGCUUUUGAGGGGAAGAAGUGGGACAGGCAGAGGGCAAUACGGAUUUGACUUAGGAGAAGUGUACUAAUGAGGGAAUCGUAUCCAGUGAUGGUUUAUCAUUGUAGUUAAGCUCCCAGGACCUGGGCUAUACUGAUGAUUCAUAAAAAUCCUUAAUUCUCAACAACUUUAUGAGGUAUUGGCACGCCCCUCCCCUUUCCUUUUUCCACAGGCAAGGAAACAUGAGACCCCAAAAUCAGGUUAACCUAUUGCGGGUCACAAGGGCGAGUUAAGGGGCAAGCCAGAGUUUGAGUCCUGGGCUUCAAACACCAUGCGCACUGUGCUGGAUUAGAACGUUGUUGAGAAAACCAGCAGUUUCUCGUUCAUCCUCAUGAGUGUUUGGCUUUGCUCCCUUACCCCUUCGCCUCUGCUUCCAUUAUAGAAAGUCUGGGGGUGACUGUUUCAGCAACAGACACUGUUACCGAUGACUUGAAAUCGUUGCCUGUGUGUCCUGAUGUGGGUUGAGGUCCCUGAAGAUGAGGAACCCGAAGGCAGAAAACACGAAGCUCUGGGGUGAUGGGUUUUGGGGGGAGGAGGAGGAGGGCCUGUGGUACGGGAAAGAUGGGGGCUUGGGCACAGUGAAAGCGAGGAACUCCAGCUGACACGAUCGUGAAGUUCCUCUAGUCCAACUCCCUCACCUGAAAGGCAUGAGGACAGCCUUGAGAAGUCAGAUGACUCAGUUAUGGUCGCACAGUGGUUACUGGCAGUAGAGACCCCAGAGAAAGGGGGGGUCUGGGGUGUUGAGGUGGGUUCUGGGAGCUCUGGGCCGGUAACAGAAGGGGCCUCUUCUGUUCUCUGUGAACAGUGGUGCCAUAGGGUAGGAGGGCUCCCGAAAAACCCUUCUCGGUUCUGCACAUAAGGAAUCGAGUGCAAAAAAAGCAACAAGGAAGAGUUAGGAGAAGAUGAAAAUGAGUCACUUUUCUGAAUUUAUUUUUUCUCUUUUUGUAUUUAUCUGUACUGCUCUGCAUUGGAAGCUCUUGCCGGCGAGCUUCUGUUUCUGAGUUAGAGGAAGGCGGACCAAACAUCAGAGAUUGGCCAAAGGCAACUCCGUACCGAGGGCAUUGAAGGAAGCAAA